AUGCAUCGCCGUUUGCUCUCUGCCUCCGCUCUGAUCUUCGCCGCGAUCGCAGGCGCGGCGGCGGCAGCGGAAGAUACACCCGAGUGCACCGUGCACGACGGCGGCAAGUUCUAUGAUCUCCGCCCGCUGUUAAAUAAUAGGAAGGACUAUACCUUCCAGUCACCCGGAGGGCAAGAAUUCCACAUAAAUGUCUGCAAACCCGUCGUGUACGAACUCUGGAACGCGCAGGUGGUCAAUCCGGACACCGUGGGCGCCGUAACACGAAGAGAGCGAGGGGACUUCUCCAUUGGUGCCUACAAUACCACCGUCGAGGUACUGCACGGCCACCCCCUUAUCACCAUGAUGGGUGGAAGCCCCUGCUCGAAAGGCGAAGGGAUGUCCGCUAUGACUGCUGUCCGCUUCAUCUGCGAUACUAGUGUCUUUGGCGCUGGUUCGCCCGAGCUAGUUGCACAGCUCCCAUACGAGGAUGAACAUGCUUGCGCAUUCUUCCUUGAGUGGCGUACACACCAUGCAUGCCCGGCAGCCAGGCCUGGCGGUUUCUGGGCGUCUGUCAUAGCUGUACUCGCUGCUAUCUUAAUGAUUGGGCUCGUGGGGUACAUCGUCGGCAUGACGGCGUAUAACCGCUUCGUGCUGAAGAAGACCGGCUUUGAACAACUCCCGCGUAUUUCGAUCUUCUCUUUCACCGACACUCUGGAUGCUCUCUCGGGUUUGAUUGACCGCUGUUUCAGCGGCAAGCGUGCACAGGCGUGGCGGGGCGAUUCUCGGCUAUACAACCACCAUCACGCUUCAACUGUGGAACGAGACGAGGAACAAGCUCUUGCUCGUGACGAAGAUGAGGACGAACGCGAACAUGAUAAUGGGCCGGUACAUCCAGUCGACCGUGACUUGCAUGAAGAGCUACCUCAAGGAAUGGUUUCUGACGGCACCAUCCGGCUGUAG